UGAGAGAAUACAGGCAGGAAGCAAAACAUGCGUAAUUACGUUUUAGAGAAACAGGGAAGUGGGAAAUUCAACAAGACCAGCACGUGUAGCGUUGCUGAAGGUGAGGGAUAGAUACAUCGAUAAAUGGAGGACGAGUGGGAGGAGGAGGAGCAGCUGGUUGUGGCCGAGCUGUCCGGAGUGUUAGACUCGGAUGUGUUGUGUCAGCGCGGCGGUGUGUGUAAGAUGGUGGGCAUGAGCAGCGAGCAGCCCAUGCUGCAGGUGGGCCGCUAUGUGUUCGCUGGGGAAUACGAGGACGCCCUGGGGACCUGCGUGAUCUUCGAAGAACAGACAAAGGAUCAGACGAAACCCGAGUCGAGCCCUGUGCUCAAAUACAGGUGCCACACCAUGAAGAAGCUGAUGCUCCAGAGGACUUUUCUGUCCGAGAGGAAGGAGGGAGAAGCGACUUCCGGGGGCAUCGAGGUCCUGUCUCUGAAUGAGGGGGAAAUGAGUGGCAGAUCCAACACAGUGUGUCACUACGCCCUGGACCCUGAAGAGCUGCAGAGACUAAAUCCUGGGGAAGACAUGAGCGACCAGUCGGACCCUGAACCAGCGGAGACCCAGCAGAGUUCUGUAAAGGAGGACAGUGUCCCAGGAGAGACAAGAGAAAAGCUCACAGAGCAACAGACCUGAACUGGACAGGGGAACAGAUCUCACACUGGGAUUCAAGGACACAUUAUGUUUAAUAAAUAAGAUAAUGAACAUUUUUAUACGAAAUCUUGCUGCAUCAGUGCAUGAUAUAUUGUUUCAUGAUCAUGACUGUACUAUUGAUAUUGAUGAAGUCUGGAAUAUGCAAAUAAUAACUCUAAUAAACAUAAUUUAUUAUUGACUAAGCCCUAUCAAAA